CAGGCUGCGUUCGCCGUACAAAAGAUGGCUGUGCUGUAAACAAAAAAUAAAUAAAUAAAUGUCACGCCCCUUUUAGAGAAUAAUAAAAAAAAAGAAAAGAAAAAGAAGGAAAAAAAUCAAAUCUUUUUUUUUUUUUAUUAUUAUCCUUCUUCGCUAAUCGCUACAUAUAUUUAACAAGUUCGGGGUGUGUUUCACGUAAUUUUUUCCUCCGUGAUAUCGCUGUAACCACAGCCGCCUCCACCGCUGUGGUCGAUUGUCGAAGUCGUCACCGUUGUCAAUCUGAACACUGUCGUCGUCGUCAACCCGAACGUUGUCGCCAACCGGUGUCGUAUACUGCACGGGACCACUUACCAUCUCACAGAGUGUUCUUUGUCUUGUGCUGACCAGACGUCGGACACGACGACGCGCCGAACCCGAAUAGAAUAAAUAGAAAUAAGAAAAAAAAUGACUGAAUACAAACUGGUCGUCGUCGGUGCUGGCGGCGUCGGUAAAAGUGCCUUAACAAUACAGUUAAUACAGAACCACUUUGUGGAUGAGUAUGAUCCAACAAUUGAGGAUUCCUAUCGUAAACAAGUAGUAAUUGAUGGAGAAACAUGUCUACUCGAUAUUUUAGACACAGCUGGUCAAGAAGAAUAUAGUGCUAUGCGAGAUCAAUAUAUGAGAACCGGUGAAGGUUUUCUCCUUGUAUUUGCUAUUAAUAAUACUAAGUCAUUUGAAGAUAUCAGUAAUUACAGGGAACAAAUAAAACGAGUUAAAGAUGCAGAAGAUGUCCCAAUGGUCUUGGUAGGAAAUAAGUGUGAUUUACAAAGUAGAGCAAUAGAUGUUAAAGCAGCAUCUGAUUUAGCUAAACAAUAUGGUGUACCAUUUAUUGAAACAUCUGCUAAAACGAGACAAGGUGUCGAUGAAGCAUUUUACACUUUGGUCCGAGAAAUUAGGAAAGAUAAAGAACGAAGGUUGCGAGAAAAACGUAAACCAAAUCCAAGGAAACGCAAGCAUUGUUACCUCUUUUGAAUAUUAGUGAAACAAAUGGAAUUUUUUUUAUUUAAAUUAAAAAAAAAGGACCUAACAUAUGAAGUGUCCUCAUCAUAUUUUAACUAAUGCAAACACACUUUAGGCUCAGGAAAGUGUGUUUUCAUCAUUUAUAAUAUCGUUCAGUUAAAAGCAUGUAUUGAAUAUAUUUAUUUGAAUGAUAAAAAAAAAUAACUUUUGGAAUCCCGAUCAAUAGAAAUUAAUGUUCAAAGAAAGAACAUUAAACAGAGGACCCCUUUAACAAGCUGAUAUCUUGUUUUGAGAUCCAAUUUUAAUAUUGCUAUUUUUAUCAUCUUAUUAUUAAUAAAUUUUAAAAAAAAUAUU